UAUUUACCCUUUCUUUGCAUCUGCGUUUUUCUAUUUACAAAUAUUAUCUAGUAGAUAUUUUUCCGAUUUCUAUUUUUUUAUUUCCGGUUAAGAGUUAUCCGUCGGAUACAUACAACCUACCUUCCUACGGCCAAUUAAAGAUUUGGAUGCCAAAUAUCUGUUUACGCGUUUUACGAUUUUGGAGAAAAACAGAUGCCAAGAAUAACACGCAUUACGAGCAAUUGGAAGAUUGUAUAAAACAGAAAGGGAUACAUUUAGUAAGCCAUAUUACCCUGAAACAGAACAAAUGCGUGUCUUCGAUCAUACAUACGAAAUUAGCCGUCAGAAGGAUAAACGUUUUAUUAUUUGUCUCUUUACAACAGAAAUAAGUUCAUUGAAUAUACUUUGUUAAAAAUGACUAUAGACUUAGGAUUCGUGGAAACGUGCGAAUCGUGGCGAUUGGAGAGUAGAUUCUUUCCAAGUAAAGUUGGCGGUAAACCAGCAUGGCUUAAUUUAAAGGAUGUUCCUGGAGAGAGAGAUCUUCAGUGUGAAUAUUGUAAGGAACCCUGUACCUUUUUAUGCCAAAUUUACGCUCCAUACGAAGAUAAUGAAACCGCUUUUCAUAGAACUAUAUACGUUUUUAUAUGCAAGAAGUUGGAGUGUUGUAAAGUGAAUAAAAACGGGAAUUUAAAGGUCUUUCGAUCUCAGUUACCAAGAGUAAAUGAAUUUUAUCCAUCUGAGCCGCCUAUAGAAGAAAAUGAUUGGAGAAAUGACAUUAGCGUAAAUCGAUGGAUAAAAACAUGUCAUGUUUGUGGAAUAUUAGCGCCUACUCAUUGUUCCAAAUGUAAACAUAUAAAUUAUUGUUGUCGCUCUCAUCAAAUUUAUGAUUGGAAAUCUGGUCACAAGGAGUGUUGUGGCAUUAAUAAGGGCACAGCGAGAAAUAGUUCACUUUUAUUCCCUGAAUAUGAAAUAAUAAUAGAACCAGAGGAUGGAAAAGAAGACAAUGAUGCAAAUAUUUCUGAAGAAGAUGAAGAAGAAAUUAAAAAAUAUGAAACAAUGGUAGAAAAAGGAGAAGCAGGAACUUUUCAAAACGAGGAUGUUCAAACUGAAUUAUUAAGUUUGGCUAAUCAAAACGAAGACGAAACAUUUUUGGAAUUUCGUUUAGCUACUGAUAAAUAUCCUGAUCAAAUUUUAAGAUAUAACAGAGGAGGAGAAAUCUUAUAUAUUUCGAUAGAAAAUAAAGUCAGUGAAAUACCAAAAUGUUCAGACUGCAAUGGAGAAAGACAAUUUGAAUUUCAGAUCAUGCCACAACUGUUAAACUUCCUCAAUUUUGAAAAUCCUCUUAAAUGCAUUGACUGGGGUAUUUUAGCAGUAUUUACAUGUAAAACAUCAUGUGUACCUAAAUAUGGAUACAGUACAGAAUACAUAUGGAAACAAGAUAUCGUUGAAAAUAAUCUAGACAAUGCGUCUUAGGAAUAUAAUAACAUACAUUUAAUUAGAACACUAUAUAAUUGUACAGUAAUAUCAAAAAUAUUAUAAUAUUUAGAAAAGUAA